AGCUCGAGUCACACAGGCGAUAUUAGCUAGACUUCUAGGGCUGGCUGAGCUAAUAAUUUCAUAUCCUAAUACCCAUCUGAGCAGCUGAGAUGGUUUGCAUUUUUUAAAGUCUUUCUACUGAGCCGGAAUUAAUGAGAGGGAAAAAAAGAGCUCCGAGCACAGUGAGGGAGUGACUGAUUAGUUCUACUGCACAGCGACAACAGACCCUGUCAUGGACGAUGCCACUGACCUUUAUUGAAACAGAACUAUGGUUAACCUGCACCCAAAUGGAACUGUAGGUGCUGUUUAACCGAGGAAACAACUUUGUGACAUAUUAGAUACAACCAGAUCUAUAAAGGAAUAUAACACCAGUUUAGCUUUCAUCUAGUGGGCAAAGACAAACUGCAGACCAGUAUCUACAAAAACACCAUUCCUGGUGUCAAGAUGUCGCUGAAAGUGCAGACGAGCAACAUCACAAACAAGAAUGACCCCAAGUCCAUCAACUCCAGAGUCUUCAUCGGCAACCUCAACACAGCAGUGGUCAAGAAGUCAGACGUAGAGACCAUCUUCUCUAAGUACGGCCGGGUGGUGGGCUGCUCCGUUCACAAAGGCUAUGCAUUUGUACAGUACUCAAACGAGAGGCACGCACGGGCCGCUGUGCUGGGGGAAAAUGGGAGAGUGCUUGCCGGACAGACAUUAGAUAUUAAUAUGGCUGGAGAACCAAAGCCCAACAGACCAAAAGGGCUAAAGAGAACAGCAUCUGCAUUGUACAGUGGAUAUGACUUUGACUACGACUACUAUAGAGAUGACUUCUAUGACAGACUCUUUGAAUAUCGGGGACAGGUGUCUCCCAUACCCAGAGUGGUUCCUGUGAAACGUCCACGAGUGACCAUCCCAUUAGUAAGGCGCGUAAAAGCAACACUCCCAGUCAAACUUUUUGCCCGAUCUGCUGCCAUUGCAAACAGCUCUGGCAAAUUAAAAUUGAAAUGCAACGAACUGCAGACAAUUAAAACAGAGCUGACAGAGAUCAAAUCCAACAUUGACGCUCUCCUGGGCAGAUUGGAGCAGAUUGCGGAACAGCAGAAAUCAUCUACAGAGGUUAGAAAGAAAGCAGACGGAAACAAAAGUGAAGUUUCCCAAGAAGACACAGCAUCAGAAGCAGAAGUCAACACAGAGGAGCCUUUAAAUGGAGAGGAGGGGGAAGAGGAAGGUCUCUUGCGGGACGACUGUGAAGAUGAAUUGGAGAAUAGCCAUUACACAGAUGUGGAAGACUCCAGCCUACAGUAACUAGCAUGUUCAGCUUACCAGCAGUGAAUAGAGGACAGCAAAAGGUUAAACCCUGCCUUGUCAUGUCGAGCCAGACACGUAUAACUUGCAGGACUGCCAUCAUCUUUCUGCCUGGCAUUCAAAAGGAGAAACAUGGACCAAUAUUGUCAAGCUGUUUUGUAGUACACAACCAACUAGUCAUCCCAGUGGAGUUUCAUCAUCGUCUGGUCCCCUUGACCCAUCUUUGUACUACAGACACUGAGCCCUAUUGCCAGCACAAGUAUUACUUGUGCUGUGUUCUCCGGUAGCCAGAUAUUGGAAUGAAUUAUUUUCUAUUGGCAGAUGGAAGUCUGAGGUUUUAUUUGGAGCGUCAGGGAAAGAAAGAGAGAGAGACUCUAUAUAAAGAGCCUCGUUCCAAAGAAAGAUGCAACUCUGAUGUGUAAAUUGAGAGAAAGGUAUUUCACUGUGUACAAUUUAUGGUUUUUGACUACCUUGAGCAGGAUAGCCAGAGGUAGCUCCUGAUAAUCCAUGGGCCUCCUUCUAAGCAGCUUGAAUCCAUGUCACUCUGCAGCAAUACAGACUUUGGCAUUUGGAGCAUCUCAUUGUCAUGUGGCACAAUGGGAAAGAUACGCAGAGAACAUGACUAUUAAUUAGUCAUUUGAUAAGAUUCAUCACCUUCCUCUUCUCAUUGCCAUAAGAAUCACAUAAAGCUUCAGUCAGGUAGUAGGUGUCUGCCAGGUGUGAGCAUCAUGUAAAAUUAAAACGAAGGCUAUAAAAGGAGACACACAUUAAAUCAAACAUUCUAGAAUAAAGGAAUCUGAUAGGAAACAUUUCCUUUAUAAUCUGGAGCCCGUGUGGUUCAUUAAAGUCCUCUAAGUCAUUUAUUUGCUCUUUAUAAGGAAAAAGUGAAACAAACCAGGUUUAAAGGAAGGGUAAUGACAACCCAAAAAGCAUAUGACAGCCAGAACCAGUGAUAACACUGUGUUUCCUUUUUGUGUUACAAAAGACCCAAGAUGGAAGGGAAAGGAUGAUUCCUUGAGUCCCCUUCUCUGACAUACAGAUGCUUUCAACUAACAUACAAAUCCAUACAGAGAAAAAAUAAGCACUCUUGUUCUGCUUAUUCUAUUGACAUAUCCCACAAAAUUGCACCUUUAAAAAAAGAUGCCUUUUUCACAACCCACUCAAAAGUAGAAAAAUCCUCACCACCAGCUUCAGAAGUACAUGAUGUGACAUUUCUUCAGCAGUGAGUUUUAAUCCUAAAGAGACUAACCAGCUGUUUAGAAAGGUCAGCAAAAGGCCUUGAUUCUACCAUUUCAAAGGAUUUCUACCAGAAAACAUAUCCCAACACAGAAAAUGUCCCUUCACUGGGGCUCGUUGACAGAAGAUCACAAUUCUCAAAGCACAAUGACUUAUGUAUAUUUCUUGGUUGAAAAGAAUACACCCUGAAGAAUAAAAAACAGGCAAUAUUUCAA